CGGUACGGAUAGUUCAGUCUUCAAGAAGUCGGAUUCUCGAUCGGUCGAACUUAGGAAACGCGCUCCUGACAUACGUGUAUUAUAAUUCACCCUUACGACAGGCUCGUUUUACUUACCACCAUAUGCACUUCACUGCUACGGACAAAAUGAAGAUCCGACCUGUAUAGGCAUAGUGCAGGUGACGAUAAUUCGCGCCCUCUUAUCGAGUGUGUUGCUACUUAAUUCGAGUUUCGGUUCAUCGCUUGUAUAGUUGAUUGUAAUUAAAAAAAAAAACGCUUAAACCUCUGUGCUAUAAUAAUUAAACGCGAUUUAUUAUAAGGAGAAGAAGUUAAAACUUAUUUGAAAGUGAAGUACCGAGUUUUACCGAUAAGGGUUGUUACUGUUGGUUUUGUUGCUGUUGUUGUUAUUCAUAUACCAACAUCCGCGAGCCAGUGCCCGUUGUCUAUUUGUCGGAGGAGGUUUUGUCGAGUCACUUAAGAAUUAUCAAGAUAUUACUCGUCUUUCAACGUGGACGUAAACCAAAGCGAAAACUUUUUCAAUAUUAAUAUCACCGAUGGAGUUCUCUUCGGCAGUGUUUCUAUUUGGGUUACUUCUCAGCAUAGCAAACUCCGUUCAAAGAAGUACAGCCGUACCAGAAUGUGGAUAUCCCGGAGCGCCGGCCCACAGUUUCGUCCGAUUUGGACUGCCGGGCGAAGAAGAUGUUAUCGAUGAAGCCGAGGCGCCCCUAAAUGUCGCUUCUCACUCCCCGGGAACCGUGGCGACGUACUCAUGUGAACGGGGAUUCGAACUUCUCGGUCCGGCGCGAAGACAGUGUCGAGAAAAUGGAACAUGGGUACCCGAUGGCGUCCCGUUUUGCGUGCUGAACGUGGCCGGAGGCAAAGCUCCGAUGCAAUCGAGCACUACGGAUGGUGGAAUACCUCAGCGAGCAGUCGACGGAAGUAGCGGCCAAGUCUACACUCCUCAGACCUGCACAUUGACGAGACCCGAGUUGUCGCCGUGGUGGUACGUGAACCUGUUGGAACCGUACAUGGUUCAGCUGGUUCGUCUGGAUUUCGGAAAACCAUGCUGUGGAGAGGGAUUGCCAGGCACUAUCGUUGUUCGCGUAGGUAACAACAGGCCUGAUCUUGGAACAAACCCAAUUUGCAAUCGGUUUACCGGUCAGUUGGAAGAAGGGCAGCCUCUCUUUCUGCCAUGCAAUCCUCCGAUGCCAGGAGCCUUUGUAUCGGUCCAUUUAGAAACUGCUUCGACAAGUCCGGUGCCUGUGCAGUUGUCACUGUGCGAAGCUUUCGUUUACACUGAUCAGGCAUUGCCCAUCGAAAGGUGUCCACAAUUCAGGGACCAACCGCCAGGUUCCACCGCAACUUACAAUGGCAAAUGCUACAUCUUCUACAACAGACAACCAAUGACGUUCAGGGAUGCUCUAGGAUUCUGUAGAGCGCGAGGAGGAACUCUGGUCGAUGAAAGUAACCCAGCACUGCAGGGAUUCAUUUCGUGGGAACUGUGGAGGAGACAUAGGAGUGACACAUCGAGCCAGUAUUGGAUGGGAGCAGUGCGAGAUCCGAAAAAUAGAACUACCUGGCGAUGGACCGGAAGUGGAGAAGAAGUUUCAGUUUCCUUUUGGAGUCUACCUCAGGGCACUGACGAAGAUUGCGCUCGAUACGACGGCACUCGAGGAUGGCUUUGGUCAGACACCUCGUGUACAGCUCAUCUGAAUUAUAUCUGCCAACAUCAGCCUCGUGCAUGUGGUCGUCCUGAACAGCCGCCUAAUUCUACGAUGAUUGCUAGCACUUUCGAGUCAAGUUCGAGAGGAAAUUACGAAGUUGGAGCAACCGUAGAAUACAGUUGCAACGGUGGCAGUCUGCUCAUUGGACAUUCGACUAGAACCUGCCUCGAUACUGGAUUCUACAACGAAUUUCCACCCAUCUGCAAAAACAUCGAAUGUGGGUAUCCUGCAAGCAUCAGACAUGGAGAAUAUACUCUGAUCAAUAACACAGUCAGCUACCUCAGCCAAGUCCUGUAUUCUUGCGAAGAUGGUUACGAAAUGACUGGAAGAGCCAGGCUGACCUGUGACGUUGAUGAGAGAUGGAAUGGCCCUCCACCCCGCUGUGAACCAGUUCGAUGUGACUUGCCAUCGGUUAUUGCACACGGUCGUUACGAAGUAGCGGUAGACAGCGAUACGGAGAUUGGUAGAAAUAAGAAUAAUCAAACACUGUUAGCUGGAAGUAUUGUGACUUACACGUGUGAAAAAGGCUAUCGGCUCGUUGGCUCUAGACAGAUAUUGUGUCGGGAGACAGGGCUUUACGAUCGCGUCGCGCCGACUUGCGUAGAAGAACCUCGUACAACGGUUCCACUUCCACCCCAUAUAACGAGUCGGCCUAUCAGCACGCGCGCUCGACCGGUAGUUCCGACACGCACACGAUCUACUACAACGGUUUCAUCCACAAGCAGUAUUGGCACGUCUCCAAUACCCCCGAUACAGGGUACCAGCGAUGUGGAGCUACCUGCAACCGUUAAGGAAACGAUCCCUCGAAAGCCAUCAAUAUUGUUGAAAACUCCUGCGCCGACUACGAUCACUGACGACAGCCGUGAUCAUCCUCAGGAUAAUGAAAUCGCCGGAAGUGGAGUUGACAAUGUUCAAGCUGGUUUUGGAGCCGGCGUUCCUGAGCCCUCGGGUCCGUUUAGAGUGGAAAAUGGGGAUCAAUCCUCGAACACUCACCAGGCCAAACUGAACCUCGGCGCUGUUAUAGCGCUCGGUGUUUUUGGAGGGUUCGUUUUCCUUGCCGCUGUGAUUACCACUGUAGUGAUUUUGAUACGCAGGAAUCGCAGUAGAGGUAGCAAGCAUUACCGCCAUCGGGCAUCCCCUGACUGCAACACAGUAGCCAGUUUCGAUAGCAAUUCAUCAGAGAGCCGAGGUGGACUAAAUCGCUACUAUCGGCAAGCUUGGGAAAAUCUUCACGAGACUGCGGGCCAAAAAGCAAAUCACGCACCCCUACGUCGGAAAGAAACUCUCGACGAGCCUGGAUACAGAGAAAACUUCCGUGGAAAUAAUACGGAACGAGACGGAUCAGAGCUAGUAGUCAGUGACGUUGCUGCAUAUCCGUCAAGCAAACACGCAAGCGUCUCUGAUAAGAAAAGGCAUCACCAUCAUCAUCAUCACCACCAUGGAUCAGCUACGCCAGAAUGGAGGCAGCCGCAGUCUCAUCACAGAUAUUGAGCACAGAUAUAAUUAUGCAGAAAAAUGAGUUCCAAUCAACAUUGUUCUUGAUUUAUUUGUAUAAUAAUAUUUAUUUCUCAUGCUCGUUACUGAGAAUUAUUGAAGUACGACGAAUGGCUACAGAAAGCAAGAAAUUAUUUUUCUUCUAAUUCUACAAUUGAACUCAUUUUUUUUUUGUGUACCUAUAUGAAAGUGGUGUUUUUUUGUUUAUUUUUUUUUCAACACGUUACUUGGUGAAACGAUACAGAUGCCUAAUUACAACAGCAUAGAAUAUUCGCCGUUCGUAUUUUCGUAUAAGUGAAAUGAAAUUAAUAUUAUUUUUUUUUGGGCUGAUGUAUUGAUGUAAAUAAUAAUUAAUUGAUCAACUAAACUAUGAUCACAAUAAUCGCAAUGAUUCAUUUUAUUCUUAUCGCAGAGUUCUAUGCUAUUGUAAUAUUGUCAACGCUGGUCACAAGGGAUGCCAAAAAAGAAAAGAAUUAAAAAAAAAAAUUGUAUACAACGAUCAAAUGCAUAUACAUACAUACAUACAUACAUACAUAUUUAAUUACAUAUGUUAUACUGAAUUUUAAUUAUAGGACACCACGAAAUCAUCAAAUACAUUAAUCUUAUAUUCUUUUGCAACAAAUGAUGUUGUACACAAGCUAACAAAACGGUUUUGAACUAACGUGGAUAUUGGAGGAAUCCGAAAUGAAUACCUUGGCCUUGCUUUGAGGGAGCUAAUUAACUCUGAAAUAGAAGAUACUAUUUUUGAGAUACUUUUUUUUUUUUCUUAAUCAAUACUUUUCUCAUUGCUAAGGUAAGGCCGACGUUUUUCAUGCGGAAGAGAAAUAAAAAUAAAACACCCUGAUAAAACUGAUAGAUAUUAACGAACAAGCUCUGACGUAAAACAAAGAAAAAAAACUCGAGACAAUCAGAAUCACAAGAAUAUACAUAUAGUUCAGCAUACAACGAACUUCGGAUUAUUGUUAAACAACUAAUUACAUCACUGUAACCUUAGUGAUUUUAUAAUUAUAUUUCGUCAUUCGCGAUUUCCAAGGUAAAAUAUACUGCUGCCAUUAAUAGGCGCUCACAUACUUUACCUGAAUAUAUUAUUAAGACUUUUACUCCAUGCACGACGCAGUGUUAAAAUUGAAAGAGAUUCGUGGGGGUAACACUCUAAGGCAUGUUAUGUAUAUUAUAAAUAGAAAUUAGUUAUAGUCAAUGUAUUGACAAUCGUAUUAGAAUAAAUAUAUUUAUGAAAUUGA